AGUAAGGUACAGACUCACCUCUUUUCACAUGCGCUGAACGCGUAAAUUUCACGGUAGGGUCGAUACUUUCACCACCUGCGCGGGGCGGUAGCGCGCCGUAAAAGUCUCAAAGCCUUGUCGCGAAAUUUCCUUCUCGACCCACCGUCCCACCGCAACCUCAACACCGUCCCGAAGCCAAGAUGUCGCAGCGGGUGGACUAUCAUUGGGCGCAGCAAGAGCUGAUACCCUUCCUGCAGUCCGUCUUCGAGUGGCGUCUCGGUAACCCCGGCAGGACGAAGGCGCAGUGGGAGGCCGACAUUCGUCGUGCGGAGGGCCGUAUCAACACCGUCGUAAGUAUCUCUACGUGUCUCCUCCGUCUGUGCAGCCUUGUACUGACGUAUCGCUUCAAGCGCGACUACGAUGACAGCAUCAUCACAAUCGACCGCAUUCGCCUCGCAUUCGCCAACCCGUCCGCUCUCACCGCCGCUGACCGCGUCCAAACUGACACCAUCAUCGACGAUCUCGAUCUCUGCCUCACGCUCUUCGUUCGACGCGCCAUAAACCACGGCGCAUACCGCCUCUGCAGUUUGGCCUCUGGGUUGAACCCCGCCGCAAUGCAGGAGCGCGAGAUCCUCCGCCAGAAGGGUGAGAAGGUACCGGACAUCCGUCGGGAUCUUGCGAGGUAAGUUGCUAGAGCACUUCUUCUCUCGAACUCUUGCUAAUCAAAUCCAGUGCUAAUCGCGGUCGCGGUCGUACGUACACUCGCCGAGGCUCAACUCCAGUCAACCCCAUCCAUCUCUUCCAGGCCAGCCCCGGCGACUCCGGCUUCUAUGGCAACACCACAGCUUCAGCCUCUGGCU